GUUGAUGUGGAAGUGGAGAACAAUGGUAUCUUAUGGAGAACCGCAAGAAAAGCAGUCGAGGGCGGAGGAGGCUGUGGUUGGUUGUGUUUUGGGUUGUCUCAUGCCGAAUUUUGGAUGAAGCAACGACAGUGAAUUGGUGGUCUUAUGCAAGGCAGUAUAUAGGGUCUUAUGUCUUGAUUCGGGACUCGGUUGUUGGGCGUGCGCUGUCUCGAUCAAAUAAUACCGCGGAAGAAGACCGGAUCUGUGCAGGACUUUGGCUAGUAGUUGGACACCAGGAGUGAACUACUGCUUGAAUUCAUCGAUUGUGCCACAGCUUUUCAGCAUGUUUGCAUUUCUGACAUCAAGAAGAAAGCGUUCUAUAUUUUACAAAGUAUUCUGUGUUAUCAUUGUCUUAUCCUGUUUCUUGCUAUGGAGAAGAAAAGGUGCUCUCAGAAGUGGGGGGACUCAGAGUGUUGCAGAUCAGUUAGGUGACUUCUCAGCAAAGCAUAGAGCAGGACUGAGUCAAAACAGGCGAAGCGAAAGAUCUGAGGACAUGCCAAACUUUAAUGCCAUUGACAAUGAUGCUUUGCCGGUGAAAAGUAUACCCAACUAUGAUGUUAUCGGAAUGCAACAGUCUGAGGAUCGACUAAGAAAUGAAGUAGAUGACAUGAGGAAUGCCUUUGGAAUAUCGCAACACAAGGGCCUGGAACAGUACGACAGUGAGAUUGACAGUGACCUCAGGAAAAUUGUGCCAGGUCUGGGCGCCGGUGGAGAGCCCGCCCACCUCUCGGGGGACGAGGACGCUCUCGCCCAGCAGCUGAUGAAGAAGGAGGCCUUCAACAUCCUGCUCAGCAACAAAAUCUCGCCGAACCGCACCGUGCCGGACGCCAGGAGCCGGCUGUGCCUGAGUCGGACCCACGACUUCGACCUGCCCACGGCGGACGUCAUCAUCAUCUUCACCAACGAGGCCUUCUCGUCGCUGGUUCGCACCAUCCACAGCGUGAUUAACCGGACGCCGGCGCGGCUGCUGCAGCAGAUCAUCCUAGUGGACGACUUUAGCGACAGAGUGGAGCUCGGGGGUAAGCUGGAGCGGUACAUCGAGCGUUUCUUCAACUCAGGCCGCCAGCUGGUGACGCUGAUCCGACUGAAGGCUCGCUCGGGUCUGAUCCGCGCCCGGCUGGCCGGCGCUCACGCCGCCACCGGCGACGUACUGGUGUUCCUGGACUCGCACUGCGAGUGUGGUCUCGACUGGAUGGAGCCACUGCUGCAGCGGAUCAAAGAAGACCGCACCGCCGUCCUCACACCCAUCAUUGACGUCAUCGACGACAAAACGCUGCAGUACUACAACUCCAACGGGGAUUUCUUCCAGGUGGGCGGCUUCACGUGGAGCGGUCACUUUACGUGGAUCGACGUACCGGCCUGGGAGCUGGAGAGGAGAGGCACUGCCGCCGACCCCACACGGUCACCGACGAUGGCCGGCGGCCUGUUCGCCAUCGACCGGCAGUACUUCUGGGAGUCGGGCAGCUACGACGAGGGCAUGGAUGUCUGGGGAGGCGAGAACCUCGAGAUGUCCUUCAGGAUAUGGAUGUGCGGCGGUAAGAUCGAGACGAUCCCGUGCUCUCGUGUGGGCCACAUUUUCCGCGACUUUCACCCGUACACGUUCCCUGGUAACAAGGACACGCACGGCAUCAACACGGCCCGACUGGCAGAGGUGUGGAUGGACGACUACAAGCGGCUCUUCUACCUCAACCGGCCCGAUCUGCAGGAGAUCGACAUCGGCUCGGUAGCCGAGCGACUAGAGUUCCGACGGCGGAUGAAGUGCAAACCGUUCAAGUGGUACCUGGAUAACGUGUUGCCGCAAAAGUUCAUCCCAGACGAGAAUGUGCAGGCCUACGGGCGGGUGGCGAGUAACAAAACGACGCCGCGCCUGUGUCUGGACAUGCUGCAGAGGAACGAGGACUCGCCGUACAACCUGGGGGUCUACGUGUGCCACAACUACGUGGCCGCCUCCCAGAUGUUCUCUCUGAGUAACAAGGGCCAGCUGCGCCGCGAGGAGGUGUGUGCCACCGUCCAGCGGCGCUCCUCGCUGGUGAUGAUGACCCGCUGUACCAGCGGCGGCAGGGACCAGAUCUGGACACUCGACCCGCGCGGCUACCUGCGACACGAGAGCACCGGUCUGUGUCUGGACCGAGAGGGCCUCAACUCGGGGGACGACGUGAUGGCCACCACGUGCACCGGCCGGCUGGGACAGGUGUGGUACUUUGACACCGGCCGGACCGUGUGAUAGGGACGACUCUAGACACCGACACACCGCCGCCGCCGCUGCAGCCGCCUCUGCUGCUUCUGGAGGUUCCUCCGUUACCAGCACUCAAUGAGAAGACUCUAUGGAUUAUCUGGGAAGAUUGGCAGCCAGUUACCGGAGGUGUGCAGUGGAGUGGUGUGGUGAGUGGCGGGUGGGACUGCUCGCAGCACGCGGCCCGGUGAUAAGCGGUGAACGGUGUGUGAUGAAGUGACUGCGUGGUGAGGACUAGGAGCGGUGCUGUGUGGAGAGGUGGACCGCCCGGUUGGGAGGUUGCACCGAGCAAUGGAGGUCGGUGAAGAGCGUGCAUCGAGGCAGAACGGGGUCCUACAGGCGGCCCUACAGUGCCUGUGCCUAUGGCGGGCGGGAGCGGCUGUCCGCCAACCCGUCCGUCUGUGGUGUGGGAUCUGUUCACCUGGGAGCAGACUGCUCAGACCGGUCUGGGCCUACCCGCUGGACUGGACUGUCUGGUGUCAAUCUAGACAGACUGAACGGACUGGCCAGGCCGGACUGGAAACUGGCCCAGGCUGGAUUGCUCUGGAAGGUAUGGUAAUCAACUCAACCUCGUCAGUGCCUCUAUCGGUGACGACCGGGGCGCCCAGCUCAUCUCGACGACAAUAACUCAGUAUACCCAGCUUCAUCUUCAGUACUGGACAACCCCCAGACCCUCCUGCCUUGUGAUGUCCUCUGAAGCCAGCUCCUCGGCAAGUAGGUGGGACAGGUGCUACCUGGGCCAUACCCCGGCUGGAGCCAGGGUCCGGUCGCCGCCGCCAGUGCCUCUCAGAGAACCGCGCUGACCAGUCUGCUGAGUGAGGAGUGUGGGAGUGUGACUGGAGUGCUCCGAGUUUACAAUGAGUUAGAUGAGCGAGUUCUCGACGUAAGUGCUCUGAGUUUCCUGAGUCCGUGUGUGUGUGUGUGUGGAGAGAGUUGACGAGAAGUUGUGACGUGGCAGGACCUGAGUAUGCAGAACAUCGCGAUGCGCGAGAGUUCUUAUUGGUGGAAGGAGGAACUUAGAUCGAAGCCAGCGUGGCUUUAGGUCUGUGAUUGAUACAAUUGGCUAUUAUAUCAGCUGAUAAUGGUGGCUAUCAGCCGCCGGACUUGUAUCUAAUAUCUCUGGGCUGAGAGUAGUCGGCCCAAGCAAUAAGGGGAUGAAUAAGACAGGAUAUAAUUGUUAUCAGUGAUCGUGCACGCAUUCGAGGAAACACGAGCGCCGUAGAAUCAUCUGAUGAGCUUGUGUGGAGUCCCGAGUGACCCAUUAGGCCCAUAGUGACCCUAAUUGACCCUUAAAUGACGCGAAUCCUGCCGGGGCUGAACCUGAUGUGGUCUCGAUAUCUCUGUUGCAUAUUAUCCGUGUGGAACGCUUUCCGCAUUCCCGAUCACAUACUAUGUAAGACAAGCGCCGGAUGAAGUUGGUCCAGGAAAUACCGAUUGGAUGUUCGUGGAAUUACAAUGAACUCCUGGAACCAGUUUGCAUGCUACUAUUGGCUGGGCCCGCACUGAAUUGAUUUCGCUUGUCCCGCGUGGUUUCGCGAUGUUUUGGGGAGGACUCGAAUGACGCUACCGAUAGCGUGUGGCGUGUUGUUGCCUGUAUGUCCCCCUGGGCCCCUGGCAGCUGCGUGGCGGUCUGCUGUGUUAUUUAUGGCCUCGAGACGGGCCGAGGGACUGAGAUCGAGCAGCCGGACUGCAGUGAACUCACGAAUGGGGCGUCUGUGAGCGACUCUGCGCGUUUGCGGGACCGGCCGCGCCCGGCAGUGAUAUAGGGUCACUAGGGCGGUGUUUCAUUCCUAGCACGUGUCACAUAUCGACUGAGAGCCGUCCAGAGGCAGUUACCGCCGGCAGGGCGGACCGCCGCGUCCGGCACCUACUCACCGUGGCCGUAUUUUUCUAUGGAGAGAGAGACAGAAUACAUCAGUUUGUAGGAGAA